AUUUCGUACACGUCUGUCCUCGUGCUACCAUGCCUCCCGGCGAUGUGGGAGAACUCAACAAACUCAGGGAACGAGUAGAGCGCUUGGAAAGGAUUGUCAUCCAAGAGCGGAUCGCGAGGGAAACGGCGGAAGCCGACCUCCGCGACGCCCAGGCCGCUACCGCAAAAGCAGAAGAGGCGAAUGAAGCUCUGCAGCAGCAAUUAUUUGAGUUGGGAGAGAAGAUCGGUAUGGGUCGACAUGUGCCUCCUAAGGAGAGGGUCUUGCAGUUGGCGAGCAAUCCGGAGAGCGACCAUUUUGCGGUUAGAGCAGAACAGUUAGACGCCUUACGGGCAGAAAGAGACGCACUCCUGACCACGCAACAGGCCAAAGGCUGGGUACCCGCCGAAUCCUGGUUGGCGGUACAACGCGAAAAGGCUGCUUUAGAACUAGAAGCGAAGCAGCGCGAGAAGCGCAUGCUGCGCCUCAAGCAAGUCUUCGCCGCCAAGGCUGCCGAAUUCCGCGAAGCGGUCACCUCCAUCCUUGGCUACAAGCUUAACUUCUCGGGCAACGGACGCGUGCGCUUAACGAGCAUCUACGACAAAAGCACGGCGCUCGUUUUCCAGAGCUCGGAAGACGGCAGCAAUACCGGAAGUAUGAGGCUGAUUGGGGUUGGAGAGCGCGCGGAGCAGGGGGAGAUGGCGGAGGGUGAAGGGAUCAGCGGAGCGCUCGAGUUCUGGGUCAGGCAGCGAGGGAGUAUACCGUGUUUCCUGAGCCAGCUUACGAUCGAGUGUUUUGAGAAGACGACGAUGGGUAGGAGGGCGGGAUACGCGGUGGGCGAGCUUGAAGGUGAAGAAUGAGCGAACAGGCUACACAGCG